UGAUGAAAAAAGCUACGAUCGCAAUGAACAGAAGGAAAAACUUGAAGAAUCGUUGCAGAAAAUGACAGAUGAGCAGAAGAGUGUUUAUUUAGAGAUCAUCGAUGCUGUUGAUAAUGACAAGGGAGGUGUCUUCUUUGUCUAUGGCUUUGGUGGAACUGGUAAAACUUUUAUAUAUACGACACUCUCAGCUUCUGUAAGAUCUAGAGGUUCUAUUGUGCUAAAUGUGGCUUCCAGCGGCAUUGCUUCUCUAUUGUUACCUGGUGGGAGAACAGCGCACUCUCGGUUUGGUAUUCCAAUAAAUCCAGACGACUUCACUGUAUGUAAUAUUGAGAAAGGUUCAAAUCAGGCAGAAUUAAUAGAAGAAGCGUCUUUGAUAAUUUGGGAUGAAGCUCCAAUGAUGAGUAAGCAUUGUUUUGAAUCUAUGGAUAGGAGUUUCAAAGACAUUAUUAAAGGUGGUGGAAACAAACCGUUUGGUGGCAAAGUAGUUGUUUUUGGUGGAGAUUUCAGACAAGUACUACCUGUGAUACAUGGUGCUUCGAGAGCAGAAAUUUGUAUGGCUGCACUUAAUGCUUCUUAUCUUUGGAAUCAUUGCAAAGUUCUGAAACUCACGAAAAAUAUGAGGCUACUUUCAAAGGAUUUGAGUCCAAUUGAGGCUAAGGAUAUAAAAGAAUUUUCAGAGUGGAUUCUAGCAGUUGGUGAUGGUAAGAUAGCACAGCCUAAUGAUGGAGAAGUGAUGAUAGAAAUUCCAAAAGAGUUUUUGAUCACAAACGCUGAUAAUCCAAUUGAGGCAAUAAGCAGGGAAGUUUAUGGAGAUCCUAAGUUAUUGAAGGAUGAAACCGAUCCUGUAUUUUUCCAACAAAGGGCUAUUUUAUGUCCUACCAAUGAAGAUGUGGGUAUUGUCAACGAUUAUAUGCUUGAUCAACUCGAAGGUUAGUCUCCACUACUCUUAAUAUUUUAGGCAUUUCAUUGAGAUAUGAUGUAUUAUAAAGACAUUUUAAA